AGUCCACGUAUUAAAUGAUCGACGACGGUACGGCCAUAUUAUUUGUUGGGAACGAAGAAUGUGAGCUGUCAACAUAACACUGUACAACGCCAAAAUAUAAGAUUAUACAAAUCUACUUGAAACACAACCCCAUUCAAGCUUGGCUUGCUCCACUGCGUUGUUCAAGACGAUGAUGAGGCCGCAACCGCUUCUUCUCAUCUUACUCCUCCACCAUUUCCUCAUUCUCGCAUUCUCUUCUUCUCCCCACACAAAUGCUUUGCCUCUGCUUCCUACCGAUGCUUCCGCAAUACUCCAUUUCAAGUCCAAAGCCGAUUUGCGGAAUAAAUUGGAUUUUUCCCCCAAAACGGGCUUCGCAUUCUGCAAGUGGCAAGGACUUGCGUGUUCCCAUUCCAGAGCGAUUCGACUCAUCGUCGAGAACGCCAAUCUCGGCGGCGUUUUCGCUCCCAACUCGCUCACUCAGCUCGCCGAGCUCCGAGUCCUCAGCCUGCAGAACAACUCGCUCACCGGUCCAAUCCCCGAUCUCUCCGGUCUGGUCAAUCUCAAAGCGCUUUUUCUCUCCCGCAACUACUUCUCCGGCGCCAUUCCGCCCUCUAUUUCCACCCUCCACCGCCUCAAAACCGUCGAUCUCUCCUACAACAUGCUUGCCGGCUCGAUACCGCUGUCUCUCAACGGUCUGGACCGUCUGUACUACCUCCGGCUCGACUUCAACCGGUUCAACGGCUCAGUCCCGCCGCUGAACCAGUCAUCUCUACAAAUCUUCAACGUCUCUCACAACGACCUCACCGGCGCGAUCCCGGUUACGCCGGCUCUCUCCCGCUUCAACACGUCUUCUUUUUCGUUGAACUCCGGGCUCUGCGGCGAGAUCAUCCACAAGGAAUGCCGCUCCGAUCGGCCAUUCUUCGGCCAGCCGGCGACCACCGCGCCGACGCCGCGUGCGCACGCGGCGGCGCUAGGCCAGAGCGCGGAGUUGGACGGCGGCGGCGGGGUGAUGCGGCGGCACAAGAGGGCCGCGUUGGUGAUCGGGUUCUCGCUGGGGGCGUGCAUUUUCGUGGUUUCGUUGAUAUGCGUGGGCCUCGCGGCGAGGAGGUGGAGGAGGUCGCCGGAGAAGGGCGAGAGCAGGAAAAUCGGGCUGGAGCCGAGUGUGACGGGGAACGCGGAAGCCGUGAUGAGAAUCGAGGAGGAGAACCACGAGCUGGCAGAAAAGGUGAAGAGAGUGCAGGAGGUGAAGCAGCAGCUGAUGGUGGGGAAGAGCGGGAGCUUGGUGUUCUGCGCCGGCGAGGCGGCGGUGUACUCGCUGGACCAGCUGAUGCGGGCGUCGGCGGAGCUGCUGGGGAGGGGGACAAUGGGGACCACCUACAAGGCGGUGCUCGACAGCCGUCUGAUCGUGACGGUGAAGAGGCUGGACGCGGCGAGAUUCGCCACCGCGAAGCAGGAGGUCUUUGAGGGGCACAUGGGAUCCGCCGGCGGACUCCGCCACCCCAAUUUGGUGGCGCUGAGGGCUUAUUUCCAGGCUAAGGAAGAACGCCUGUUGAUCUAUGAUUAUCACCCUAAUGGCAGUCUCUCGUCUCUAAUUCACGGAUCGAAGUCAGCAAAGGCGAAACCACUUCACUGGACAUCAUGCCUGAAAAUAGCAGAGGAUGCAGCUCAAGGUCUCUGCUACAUCCACCAAGCGUGGAGGCUUGUCCACGGCAACCUCAAGUCAUCCAAUGUGCUCCUCGGCUCUGACUUUGAGGCCUGCCUGACCGACUACUGCCUCAUGGCCGUGGCAAGCCCUGCCCCGGACGAGGACGCGGACUCCCUGGCCUACAAGGCCCCAGAGAUCCUCAGGUCCAACCAAGGGGAAGCGACGUCCAAGUCGGAUGUGUACUCGUUCGGGGUUCUCCUGCUGGAGCUCCUGUCGGGGAAGCAUCCGUCGCAGCAUCCGAAUCUGGUCCCGAGUGAGAUGAUGAGGUGGCUGAGGUCGGUCAGGGGCGAGGAGGGCGGGGAGAAUAGGCUGGAGAUGCUGCUUGAGGUGGCGCUGGCGUGCAGCGUCGCGCCUCCGGAGCAGAGGCCCACAAUGUGGCAAGUGCUGAAGAUGAUACAAGAGAUUAAAGAGGUGAUCUUGAUGGAAGAUAGUGACUUCAACCCUAACCCUAAUGUAUAAAUGUGAGUACAGCUUAGAUUGUGAUAUCCAUGUUCCAAUUCUCCUUAGUUAUUGGUGUUGCUUUUGCAUUUUUGUGAGUGGUGUAAUUGAGUUAGGGGUGGUAGGUGUUUCCCUAUUCAUGACCCACACUUUAUGCCACCUACAAUAUUAUAAAUGAAAUUUAACUGCAAAAAUAACUAA